CUCUGGGACCCAAGACACGCCCUACCUCUUUUUACGUUAUAACUGUGCGACAACACACAUGACCUUUUGGAUUGAGAAAGAACGUUUUGAAAACAUGUUGGCUUAAAUUUGGAACAUAUAAAGAAAAUUGCACGUAUUUGAUUGCCUCGUCAAAAUGUUCCGAAUUUCUUUAACAGUUUGUAGCAAAGGCAUUGCAAAAAGGUUUGCCUCGUCAUUCUCUGGAGAAAACGCAAUCCCGUCCAAUUUACGCCUCCCGUCUAAUCUCGUGGACCCUGCAAGAUCUAGGAGGCAGCCACCGUCAUCAAACUCUGGUCUCCGAGUGUUGCAGAGAUGUGAGGCCUCAGUCCCCUCUCACCUAAGCCCUGUACAGACAUGGGUGGACACAUUGGUGAGGCAUGAGAGUGAACCCCUGGGUCUGGUGGACCUUCACCCUGAUGUCUUUGCAGUACCGACCAGGAUUGACAUCCUUCAUGAAGUUGAACUAUGGCAGAGAAAUUACAAGAGAAUUAGUCACGCCAAUACAAAAGUCAGAUCAGAGGUUCGGGGCGGAGGAAAAAAGCCCUGGAACCAGAAGGGAAGUGGGAGGGCUCGGCAUGGAAGCAUCAGAUCCCCUAUAUGGAGGGGAGGUGGAGUUUCUCAUGGUCCCAGAGGACCAACUAGUUAUUACUACAUGAUCCCUAUUAAAGUACGUGUCCAAGGAUUGAAGAUAGCCCUUAGCUCUAAAUUGGCACAGAAUUACCUGCAUGUGGUGGACUCUCUGAACAUUCCUACACCAGACCCACAAUAUCUUGUGGACCUCAUCAGAUACAGAUACUGCGGGGAGUCUGUAUUGUUAGUGGAUGCGACUGACAACUUACCUGGCAACAUACUUCAGGCUACUGCAGGGCUGAAGAUGGUGAAUGUCAUUCCAGCCAUAGGUCUGAAUGUUCACAGCAUGUUGAAACACGAGGUCCUGGUCCUUACACUUGAAGCUGUCAAGUUCCUGGAAAACAAGCUGCUUUGGCACAACCACAGAUUUACACCUUUAUACCCUUUCAAGCUCCCCUACAGUGAUUUACCUUAACAUUAAAAUAAAGCAAGUGUAAUGAAAUGUCAGUUAUUGAAUUUGUUUAAUAUGCUCAAUAAAAACCUGUGAAUAAAUAA